CUCGCACCCAAUGAGAUGAAGAGACCGUUGGCAAGAGCCUUGAUUGACAAAGGGCUUAAUCACAACCAGCUGUGCGCCCCUCCGCCCCCAGCCACAGCGGGUAAAACUCAUCCGGAGGGAGAGGCGGAGACACAGUCACGGAGAGCAGUCACCAUGGCGGGGAAGGACGGCAUGAAGUGGCCCUUCUUACCGCUGCUGCUGCUCGGUCUGUUGCGACCUUGCACCGCCUGCACGGACUGCGCCGUUGGAGCCCCGUGCAUUCAGCGGUGUGAGUCAUCCACAGAUGGCACCAUUUACAAAUACAAGGCAAUGACUCUCAACGGGAGUCGCACUGUGAACUUCAGUAACUACGCAGGCAAGAGUGUCCUCUUUGUCAAUGUGGCCACGUACUGAGGAUUCACCUAUCAGUAUGUGGAACUGAAUGCACUACAUGAGGAGAUGAAACCUCUUGGACUCACCAUUCUCGGCUUUCCAUGCAACCAAUUUGGGAAACAGGAACCAGGGAAAAAACAUGAAAUUCUACCUGCUUUGAAGCAUGUUAGACCCGGCAAUGGAUUUGUUCCAAACUUCCUGCUGCUUGAGAAAGGCGACGUGAAUGGAAAAGACGAGCAGGAGGUUUACACUUUCCUUAAGAACUCAUGCCCACCAGUUGGAGACAAUUUUGGCAACCCCGCUGACAGACUGUUCUGGCAGCCCAUGAAGAUUAGUGACGUCAAGUGGAACUUUGAAAAGUUUCUGGUGGGACCAGACGGGAAGCCGGUAAUGAGGUGGCACCCAAGUGUCAACGUUUCUGUUGUUCGAGAUGGCAUUCGCAGAUACCUGCUCGAACAAUACACGCAGGAUAUUUUUAAUUAAAGUCGAUUCAUCACAUGUAGUCAUCCAAUCAAAUAACAAAUGAGACGCUAAGAUAGAAGGUAAUGUUGACAGUUUCUGAUCCAUGAAGACGGCAUGUUGAAUGAAGAGGAGGCUUUAAAACGGGAACUCUGUGGAGCCUCUUCAGAGUCUGGGAGUCAGGGCAGCUCUUCAGUGCAUUCAGGCUGCCCUGCAGUCCCACAGCAUCAUGUCAUCUUCUAAUCUCAGAACCUGUUAGAUGUUACUGCCUAAAUGUUAAUUACUUCCAAUAAAUCAUGGAGAACA